GGGGUUUAACUUUAAGCAGAUCCAUGGAGCCACAAUUUCCUUCCCUUCCCUUCCCAUGCUACAGGCGGCCUACGCUCAUUGAAUUCACCCUUUCUUACUAAUCCCACCGACUUUAACUCCUCUAAAACCUCCGCCAAACCGACCAUGUCCGAUUCAGACUCUAAAUCCUCCGAAUCUAAAACCCUAGGGAAUUCAACGCAGUCUUCGGAUCGCCCAAUCGACUCGGACCCCCAAGAAGGGGAGAAACCUCGAGAGGAUCCGGACAGCUCCGAUAGUGGAGAAGGAGAUGACAAAGGAGGAGAGAAGGGGGAAGAGGCGGAGGAGGAAGAAGAAGGCGAGUGUGGAUUCUGUCUGUUCAUGAAAGGGGGUGGUUGCAGAGAGAGCUUUAUCGCUUGGGAGAAUUGCAUCGAAGAGGCCGAGAAGAAAAAGGAGGACAUCGUGGAGAAGUGCUUUCAGGUGACUGGCGACUUGAAGAAGUGUAUGGAGGCUCACGCCGAUUACUACGAGCCAAUUUUGAAGGCGGAGAAGGCGGCCGAGGAGGAGGUCGCCAAGGAAUUGGAAAAAGAAGAAGCUGCAAAGGAUUCUGAACAGAAUGCGGCGAAGGAGGUGGUCGCCCGGGAGUUGGGAAUAGAAGAAGCUACAAAAGAUUCAGAACAGAAUGCGGCUGUGGCCCAGGCUUCAGCUUCCGAUUCGGACAAUUCCCAAGGCGUUUCUGCUGAGAAGCAUGACGGGUAGUAUGUUUUUCCUUUUUUCCAUUAUGAAUUACACAAUACAGAUUAUUCUUUUAGAUUUUAAGAGGUAGUAAAAUUAAGAAAGAGGAGGCCCUUUUGCUGAUUUCAUGGCCUUCUGCUUCUGCGGAUGCAAAGGAAAAAAAAAAAACACAGAUAAAACGAAGAGUUUAGAGGCCUUACAGGCCAUGAGAAAGGAAUAAAAAUUUAAGCUUAAACUGGAUUCACUUGUCAAAUAAUUGGAUACUGGAAGAUUUGGUUUGUGUUAUUACGUUACUUAAUUUUAUAUCGAUCUUCAAAUUUAUACUACUA